AUGGCUACCUUUCAUUUACUCUAUUAUCUAUGUCAACUACCUACUCCCUCUGCUCAACUCUCUUCAAUUGAUAUUUCCUCAGAAGAUGUGUACUUGGCCUUGUCAUCUCUAAAACCUGACAAAGCAUUUGGUUGUGAUCAAAUUAACCCUCAUCUUCUUAAAUUAUGUGCCAGCUCCAUUGUUAAGAUCUCUACCACACUAUUUCGUGAAUCCCUUAUGUACGGGUGUGUACCAUCUGAAUGGAAAGUGCAUAAGAUAACACCUGUCUUCAAAGCAGGAGAUAACCAAUGUGUAGAAAACUACCGUCCAAUAUCUCUCCUCUGUAUUCUAUCCAAAGUUUUGGAAUCAAUCAUCUAUGCCAAGAUAAUUCCUUUCCUGAAGGGUCUGCUCUGCCAGCACCAAUUUGGCUUUCUCAAAAACCGUUCAGCUGUAUCUCAGCUCCUCAUAUCCUUCAACAACAUAAUGAAAAAUUGUGAGAGUGGUAAAUUGACUGAUCAGGUUUACUUUGAUUUUAGGAAGGCAUUCGACUCUGUCCCACACUCCCUUCUACUGUAUAAACUAUGGUCACUGGGCAUCACUGGUCCUCUAUGGUGCUGGUUUAGGAACUACUUAUCUCAGAGAAUGCAUUUUGUAGAUAUUGAAGGAUGCUCUUCACAAAUGCUACCAGUCAAGUCAGGAAUCCCUCAAGGAAGCAUUCUGGGGCCCCUACUUUUUCUCAUCUUUGUCAAUGAUAUUCCAGAGGUUAUUGAUUCCUCUCACUUGUUUUUAUUUGCUGACAAUUCAAAACUUCAAAAUACCUCCCACUUAUCUCACUGUUUGCAGGAAGAUAUUGACUCUUUGGUUGAAUGGUCUAAAAGGAACUCACUUUUUCUGAACUCUAAGAAAUGUGUGACAAUUCGGUUCUCACUCUCUAGUUCAAGUCGUCCACUCUACUCCAUUGAUGGUUCUGAAGUAUCUGUGCCAGAAUCUCACAAAGAUCUUGGGGUGAUAAGUAUUCCAUCUAUUGUUGCUCCUCCUGCCAAUAAAAAAGUUCAAACUAGUACAAGUUCUCCUCCUCUUGCUCCUCCUCCUCAGCACAAACUUUAUGAUGUGAUAGUAGUUGGGGCUGGAGUUGAAGGAAGUGCUACAGCUUAUACACUCACUGCAAAGGGAAAGAGAAAUAUUCUCCUGCUUGAACAGUUUGAUAGAGGACAUACAAGAGGUAGUUCAUCUGGUGGAUCUCGUAUCACAAGGAAGGCUUAUCAUCAGGGCUAUUAUGUAAAAAUGAUGGAUGAAGCUUUUAAACUGUGGUCAGACAUUGAGAAAAAAUCAGGAAAGCAGUUGUAUCAUAAAACCGGUUUUUAUGUGUUUGGUUCAAAGGAUUCCAAGGGAAGUCUUAAAGGAUCUUCAGUAGCCGACUACAUCCAAUCAAUGGAGGACAAUGGAGUGUCUCACAGAGUUAUGAGAGCUAAAGAAGUUAAUGAUGAAUAUAAGGAUCAGUUGAAGUUACCUGAUGAGUACUUGUGUGUGGAUUUAUUCAUACAAAAUGGUGGUGAGUUGCUUGACAAUCAUCAAGUGACUGGUAUAAUCAAUAAUGAUGAUGAUAUCAUCACUGUACUCACUGGCAGUGGGACUCAGUUCAAUACUAAGAAACUGAUACUAACCACUGGACCAUGGACUAACAAAGUACUGCAAUAUACUGGAAUUGAACUACCUCUAAAGAUAUUGAAAGUUGAACAUUUUUAUUGGAAGACAUUAAAACCAGAGUCCUUUGCAGUCGGGAAUUUUCCAAUAUUUGCUUGCGUUCUUUCUACUGGACUUUUAUAUGGACUGCCAGUACUAGAAUAUCCUGGAUUGAUGAAAAUUUCUUUUCACAAUACUAGUAAGGGGACAGAGGUUGAUCCUGAUUGUAGGGACUUUCUAACUCCUCGUCCUGAGGCGUCUAAAAUAAUCUCAGAGUUUCUGGAGGCUCAUUCAUUUAAAGAUCUUGACUACUCAAGCCCUGCCAUUGUGGAGGAGUGCAUGUACACAAAGACACCUUCUGGUGAUCCUUAUCUCGAUUACCAUCCAAAUAAUCCAAACAUUAUAAUUGGUGCAGGAUUUUCAGGUCAUGGUUUUAAGUUAGCUCCAAUUGUUGGGAAGAUAUUGAGUGAACUGGCCUUGGGUGAAACUCCUUCCUAUGACCUUUCACCUUUCAAGAUACAAUCAUGAAUAGAAGUGGAGACAAAUUGGAUUUUCUAUGCAUUAUUUAUAUUUUUGAUACACUAUGGUACAACAAUAAAAUUUACAAUGGUAUUCAUAAGGGUGGGGCUAGAGCUAUAGCU